AUGCAUGCUUCGCAUCAGUCUGACCAUAUCGAAUUAUCGAUUGAAUUAAGUGGUGCAGCACGCAAUUUUCUUGCAAGUUUCCAGAACAAAAUCUUGGAUACAAUUUGUAAACAAUCAGGUAUUAAAGAUACAACACUUAAAAAUGGCAAACUGCAACUAGUAGGAAAUCAGUCAGCCAUUACAAAUAUACAAUCUUAUCUAAAACAAUUACUUCCUGAACAAGAUAUAACGAUCGCCAAUAAAUUGAAAAAAUAUUUACAAUCAUGCUCAAAAGGAUUGCUUUUGAAGAAUUUUGUACAAAAAUAUCGUGUAGGAAUUUUUUAUCAUGAAAUAUCAACAGAUGCUUCAGUGACUACUAACAAUAACGAAAACGAUAGUGAUCAGGACGAGAACCAAUCAGAAGACGAUGAAAAUGAUGAUUCCAAGAGUAGUAGUUCACGUGCAUCAUCAACUGCAAAAAGUGCAUGUGGCGAUGCCAAACGUUCUCAUGUUUGUGUAAAAAAAUAUAUUCGAAUCGCACUGUGUAGUGAUUCAAAAGAUUCUUUAUAUAAAGCCAUAAAAGAAUUGGAAAGUUAUAAUUUGCGCACUCAAUCAUGGACAUUAACACAAGAAGAAAUUUCGUACAUUCUAAAACAACCACAGCAAGGCAAACCUCCGCAAAAGAAUACUACUUUUCGCAACCAAUGUUCUCAAAUUAAACGUUAUCUCCUUAGACUCGUUCAGGCUCUCUCGAAUAUUACUGUACAGAUGUUCGUAUUUCAUAAGAACGGUGUUUGGCGAGUGAAAGUCUUAGGAUUUCCGGAUCAUGUGAGCAAAGCCAUGUCCAAAAUUAAAAAUUGUCUGGAUGAUAAUGUUGAAAGUGAAGUACAACUUCCUAUUUCAAAAACUAUGGCGGUGUUUCUCCGAAAAAAAGCUUCUUCUGACAUCAGAAAAUUGGAAAAAACGCAUCGCAUAAAGAUAACAAUCUUUUUGCCAUUUUACCGUAAACGUGGGAGCGAAGAACAAGAUGAUGAUGAUGGACAUGAUUGUUUGAAAUUGAUUGGUUGUAAUUCACGCAUUAAUUUGGCGAAAGAAAACGUCGAAAAUUUUCUCGAAAGUUUGUCCGAACAAGAAAAACAUUUUUCUUGUGGCAGUUGGGACCAUUCAAGAAACAUCGCGCAAAAUAUUCGUCCACGUCUAACAGCAAUACAAAACUCAGAUGAUUGUGAAGCAAUAGGAUGGAUCAAGGUUUAUACAGCGACAGAACGAAGAGAAACAACACCAAAAAUUACCGUAUCGAUUGUUGGUCUGAAUGAAGAAGCAAUUAAUGGUGUGGUUGAGCAAUGCCAAAAUAUCGUAGAUGGAUAUGUUGAGUGGAAACCAACAGCAGAUGAGUAUCGUACUAUAAAUACUGCACUAAACAUAAAAAAGUCACCAUCUAUUGCUGAUUUCCAAAAACAAUGGGAUACUGAUGUACGAUUGGAUGGAAAUAAGAAUACUAUUAUCAUUUCUGCACGAUCAAAAGUGCUCGCCGAUGAUAUCAAAGAAGCUCUAUUAAGUUUGGGAGAAGUAAAUAAACCUAGAGUAAAGCGGAUUUCUGAAUUCAUUCCCAUUCAACCAAAUAUUCGUCGUUUUGUAAAUCAUGGUAUUACUGCUUUGCUCAAUGAAGCGAAAUCUCAAAAAAUUUUUGUGGAAUAUCAAAAUUAUAAGGGCGUGACAAUAAAUUGUGGUUCUGAUAUUAUUAAUGAAAUUAAACAAAAAAUCGAUUGUAUUAUCAAUGAUAUUAAACAAAAAAUUGUUAAAAGCCGUUUACAACUUUCUUCAGCUGAGUCAGACCUGAUGCGGGCUGAUGCAUAUAAACUAGCAUGUCGUAUUGAGCGUGAGACAAAAACUAUUAUUCGAGAUGUUAAAGCAGAUAAUACUAAUUCUACACUAAAUGCUGAUAAUACUGAUACCAGCUCGAUUAUGAUAACGGUCGUGAAUAAUCGUGGCCAAACGAUAGUUGUCGAGAAAGGAGAUAUUACCAAGGCAAAAAAUGUCGAUGCUAUUGUGAGUGCUGCUAAUGGACCAUUGUACCAUGCAGGUGGUGUAGAUAAGGCAAUUGCUGAUGCUGCUGGUCCUGCGCUUGAUCAAGAAUGUAAACAAUUAAUUGCUGGUAAUAAAGGUUCACCCUUUCCUGCUGGUACAGCAGUAAAGACAACAGCUGGUAAUCUUCUUUUCAAAUGUGUUAUUCAUGCCAUAGGUCCUCAAUAUAAGGAUGGUAAACAACAAGAACAUCCAUUAUUAUUCUCUACUGUCUUAUCAAGUUUACGGCUGGCUGAAGAUGAAAAGUUUACAAGUGUUGCAUUGCCAGCUAUUAGUGCUAACACCUAUGGUUUUCCAUUGAAGGAUUGUACAAAUAUUGUAGUUUGUGCAAUAAAACAAUUCUUUGCUGACUUUCCAAAAUCAAACGUAAGAAAAGUUAUUCUACUAGAUAUGGACGAUGCAGUUUGCAAUUCAUUUGCACGUGAAGUUAACAACGAUCAUAGAAAUACAUUGGUAUGUGAUAAUAAUGAUGUUAGGUACUGCAAGCUACCUCCGUUGAAAGCUAAGUGGUGUUGGCAAGACGAUGAUGACGAAAAGCUAUACUGUGAUCAUGAUAUGCGUACAAUAGAAACUGCAUUCCAACAGUAUGUAAAGACUUGGACAGCUUCAGAAUUGAUAAUUGGAUGUGAUAAUUUAACGACUGGUACUAUUGUUAACUAUCAGAUUCAUUUUAAUCCAGAUUUAAAACAAAUAUUAAAAAAUAAACCAAAUGCAUUAAAUAGUCGUCUUGUUUGUGGAUAUCAAUUAAGACCAGAUACUGAUACACCACGAGACAUUAUUCGUUAUCCAGUAGUACAAGAAGAAGAAGACUCUCCAUCGGUUGUGUAUCAGCCGAAGCCAUUGGAUUCAUAUAAUUUACAAGCAAUUACAACAGAAACCGCUUGGGAUAUUACUGGCAUAACUAACGAAUCUGUAAAACAGGCUGAAGCAGCGAUUCGAAAAGUAAUUGACUCGGCGACGAUUUCGGAGCCUUUCUCCAUAAAUCUGAGUCAAGACCUUGAAGAUCAUAAGGAACAGCUGAUCAAAAUUGCAGCUCAACAACAAAUUGAAAUUAAUUUUGAACAGGAAUGCUCAGAACAAUUACAAAUGACUUUAAAAGGUUUGAAAGCGAAUGUAUUCGAGGCAAAAUUAAAAAUUGCCUUAUAUGCUCAAGAUAUCUUAAAAACGCAUGCAGAUAAUGCUGAUGAAUUGCGUCCACCUGAAGAAUGGGGUAAUCAAGAAACAGAAUGCAAAUUAGUUGAAAUCCCCAGAGAUGACCCUAACUUUAUUCGUAUCGAAACUCGUAUGAAAGAAACUUUGGAUAAGGUAAAAAUUGAGAAAAUUGAACGAGUACAAAAUGUGCGCAUGUGGAGUCACUAUGCAUUUCGCCGUCGAGAGCUGAAAAAGGAACUACAUCUUAUGCCAAAUUUACAGAUUGAAAUGGAGUUAUUUCAUGGAACAAAUAAUACACAACCCAGUGAGGUUUACAAUGGUGAAUACGGUUUUGACAUGACAUUUUGUACAAGUGGCAAGUGGGGUAUUGGUACGUAUUUUGCUCAAAAGGCUUCGUACUCGUGUACGGGUUUUGAUUUCAAGUUACCGAAUGGCAAACGCCAAGUGUUUUUAGCUCAAGUGCUAACAGGUGACGUAUAUGAUUGCCCAAGUGAUCCAAGUUUACGUCGACCUCCGAAGAAGAAUGAGAGCGUUUCUGGUCGACGAUAUAAUAGUGUGUCAGGUGAUACAAGAGGCAGUAAAGUUUACAUUGUGUACGAAAAUCGUUUGGCUUAUCCAGCCUAUUUGAUAACAUUUACCUGUUAG